ACUACUCCGAUAAAUUUGUCAGUUUUCCAAUUACAAUUUCUACAACACUUGCAUGCAACACACACGCACACACAAACACUCUUAAAUGUUAAUGUAAAAAAAAAAAAAAAAUAUAUUGAGUAAACUUAAAAAAAAAGAAUGGUUAAAAAGAAACGCACCCAAGUAAUUGUGGCAAAUACAGAUGGAAAACAAGUCGUCGAAUCAAGUGCGAUGUCCUUUGUCUCGGAGGCCGAGUGGCUGGCGAGGGAGCAACGUCAUCAACAGCGCAUACAGGACGUCAGGAUCUGUGCAGGUUUUAUCAUAGAGUCCAUUGAGGACUAUCAAGAUUUGGUGAAGCUGCAGAGAAAGCAGGAGCACUGGAAUCGCUAUGUGAACUGUGAUGGUUUGCCACGGGCUCACAAUCCGCCCGAGUUGCGAUCGUUCAUUGCCGAAAUACGACACACCGAGUGGCGCGAUGAGAUGUCUGUGGUGAAUUGGGCUUUGUCGGUUAAUGAGCGCAGCGUCCUCACACAGGAUAUUGAUGCUCCAGAUUUGACACGCAAAGUGCUCGAGCAGCAACUGCGUCCGAAUAUUGGCAAGCUCUAUGACGUGGCUGUGCAACGCAUUCUUGCAACUUGGGAGCGCAUUGAACAACUGUUGGAUUGUGAGUUUGAGCUAGAGCAAAUACCCGCUGAUAGAGCGCUUGAAAUAACCCAAAUUAGCAGCGAGUUGAGUCGAGAGAUUGACUUGCUGUUCGAUAAAUUAACUUAUCGCAUCAUGUGCUCACCCGAUUCCUACAAGACCUCAUUUGAUGGCAUCAUGGAGAGCUAUUGCUAUCAGAGUAUUAAUUAUAACUUUCAAGUCUGGUGGCUACGCGAUGUGCCCUUGCGUCUCGACUACUUGGAAAUACCGCUGAUGGUGGCCAAAUUGGAUUGCGUGGGCGUCAGUGUGCAAAUUCCCAAAAGUGUGCUCAGCGAGAAUUUAACUUUACGCUGCGUUCACACUUUCUUCGAUCCAUAUUCGGAGUUUUCCAAGAGCUUCAUGAAUGUGAUUGACAAGAGCACAAACGAACUGAAUGCCGGCAUGACGGACAUUGAAGACUGUCUGAUCAAUGAGUGGCUCAUGCAGUCGUCCAUUAUGAAUCAGAUGAUCACCAGCAUGGAACAGAAGUCCAUACUCUAUGAAGAGACCAUGAGGGAGUUGGAGGCGAAAGUAGCGCAUGCAAAGGGUGAUCCAGAUGUCUUGAAGAAGCUGAAAGCACCCAAGGAACCACAAACGCUGCCCGAAGGUAAAUUUCCUGACCCUUAUAAGAUGUUCCUGGAGCAGGAGCAGCAGGAGUUUGAGGAGUUUCUUGAUCAAUAUCUGAGUCCAGUGCAUCUCAAUUUGAAACCAGAUGAGAUCAACUUAAGGCGCUACAACAUCUUGGGCGGCAUCUUUGCCAUGUCGUUUGUUCACAAGCCAAAACACACGGAAUUCGCGACGUUCAACAGAACCUUUCACGAUGAUCAACGCCUGCUCUACACCUUGAAGGAUAUGCAAGCGUUUCUUGACGGCAACGAUUCUGAUGAUAAUGAUCAAGCUAGUCGAGCAACUCUCGCAUUUCGGGUAUCAGCGAGGAGUCAAAAGUCGGCGAGCAUUAAUCGCUCUCGAAUGCAAUUCGCACAAGCGACGAAUUCACCGAGUAAAAUGCAUCUACAUCUGGAAGGCGAUGACAUUGAUUAUUUCUUUGUAAGCAUUCAACUGCCAAAGCAAUUGUGUCGCUAUGGCCAACCGUUGGCAUGUCAAUAUCUUGACGAAAUGGUCGACGAAGAUCUGCCCGAAGUGCAGAUCGUCGAAGAGUCGGAAGAGCCGCGCACAAAGAAAAAGAAAGGCCGCAAAACGGCGCGCAAAAGAUCGGAUAUAAUGGGGAUUACUGCAGACUUGAGUGCAUUCCAAAAAAUCAGUUCGCGCAAGUCGAAGCAGAAGCAAGAUGAUGACGAUAUGCAAUACGGGUUUGCCCGGCCUCGAGUGUCGAGCAUCAUGCCCAAGACUUCGAUGCCCGACAAUCUGUAUCGACCCUCGAAACGCUCCACGCUGCAUUUGAUAGCACUGCGAUCAAGUGUGCUGCCCGAAGUGAUGCUGCGCAACUUUCCGCUGGUCGAGAAGCCGCUGAACAGCAUGCAGGUGCAUGCGCUGACUAAACAUUGUCUGCCCCGCAUAUUGUCCUCGUUCAAAUUCCCGUUGGAGUUCAAGCAGGACAAAAUGAUCGAGUUCGCCGAGCGCUCGAAGGGCAAUAAAAUUCUACGGCGUGCCAACUUGGCCAUUGAGCGCAUGGGCGAGGAUGUUGCCAACGAACCGGAAUACUUGAGCUAUGAGAAACAACAGGGUCCGGAGCGUCUUUAUCCCAUUUUCGAUUGGCGUGAAAAAGUGCUCUACGAGCAGGUCUCGACUACAGGAUCCUCGGCCUCGGAAGUGUCGGUUAAGGUGGUGAAAAUCGAUCAAAUGAACGAAGUCUUUGAGGCAUCCACGGAUCCGUCCAAGCCAUCCUUGUACAGCGUGCUCCAAACACUCGAGAACAUUCAGCACGAAUACGCCGCACGUCCCAUGCGUCUGAUGGAUCAAAAUAUUGUCACAGGACGUCAGCGACGGCCCGACACUUCGACUAUAAUAACGGGCAAGCCAAAGAGCACGGUGCGCAUCUCGACGCUGGGCAGCAAACUCUAUCACAUAGGCGGUCGAGGUUCAAGGAGUCGUGUCUCAACCUACGAUACGGUUUCCUUUGACAGUCAGGGUUCGCAAAGCAGUGGCUCGCUGCUCAGUCCGUCUGGAUAUCGUCAUGGCAAGAGCUUUAAUAUGCGCGACGAAGAGGAGCGGCCAAAGGUCAAUGUCAAGCACUGGACAACCAAGCACAUUGUGGAUAUGCAGUUUAAUCCGGAGACCUGCGUGGCUACCAUCAAGACGGAUCGCUUGGGUCUCUUUGGUUUCGCCUACAAGCGCUAUGCGCACUUUCCAUUUCGAGACUGGAAGCUGCAGCAGAGCGAGGAGCAUCCCAACGAGAUCGUCUUCACGCUGGAUACCUUCCAUGUGCGCAUUUUCUUGUUCAUUACCAACAUCGGUAUUCGUGGCUAUGUGACAGAAAUCACCAAUCAGUAUACCGCAAAUCCCGUCAAGUAUUUGGAAAUCAAGGAGCCAAUUUCGGACUAUCGGGAAUUGCGUAAGCGCUUUGUGGAUAAGAACAUCAAUAUAUUUGCGAAGCAUGAUGCCAGCUUUUACAUCGACAAUGGCUACUUCAGCGAGAAGCAUCUGUCGACGGAGCUGCACAUCUACGACGCCUUUGCCGUGCACUGCAAGCUGAUCAAGUUCUAUCGCUCCGAUUGGAAUCGCCUGGCAACUCGACGCAAUAUUGUUUUGUGUUUGCGCAAUCCGAAGGAUGUGAAUGAUGCCGCUGAUGUUACGGUUCGGGUUACGCCGGAUAAUGCGACUUUUGUGGAGGUCUCCGAGCCAUGUUCCCUCGAUCUGGAGGAGGUCAAACUGGACUAUCAGCUGACGUGGCGCAACAUUGGCAACUACUCGGAUCUGCAUCAAUUGAUCAACUCGAUGUAUCCACAGGCAACAGAUGUGCGCAAUCGGGAUCCCAAACUCAUCUACUACAUACGCACGCUCUUCACCGAAGUGCGACCCUUGAGUUUCUCUUAGUCUGGCGCUGAU